AAAACAUAAAGCUAUGCAUGAAAAGUCAGAAAAGCAUGAUUUUGUACGAGACGAUGAUGUGUUUGAGACCGUCUUUGAUAGCUCUUUAGAAAAGCAUCAUGUUGAACAUCUGGACAAAACUUACGAGGAAGAAGAUAUCGAUAUUCAGGUUGUAAAUGAAUUAGCUACAGUGCAAGAUGAUACUUCCUUACCAUGCUAUACUGUUCGCGUCUUUGUUACUGGUAUUGCGUUAGCAUGUCUAAGUUCAUCCGUAUACCAACUGAUGGUAUUUAAGCCUGUUGGAUUGCCAUUGACCAAUACUUUUAUGCUGAUGAUUGCCUAUGUAGUUUGCAAUGCUUGGGCACGGUACAUGCCUACAGGCGGAUGGCUCAAUCCGGGUCCCUUUAAUGUGAAGGAACAUACCUGUAUCUAUGUGAUUGUAUCAGCAGCCAACACAUCUGCGUAUGCUACGCAUAUUCUAGCAGUGCAAAAUCUUUAUUAUAGUAAUGCCCCUGGGCCAGCUGGCUCGAUUUUUUUGCUUUUGGCCACACAAAUGGUAGGUUACGGCAUUGCUGGUCAACUCCGAAACUUUCUUGUGUAUCCUGCCAACAUGAUUUGGCCAACUUCUUUACCCACUGUUUCUCUACUACGAACUCUCAACGGUAGUCAAGAAGAAUCAAGAUGGCGUGCCAAAUUCUUCUUUAUGGUAUUUAGUGCUGUUUUUAUUUACGAGUUCAUUCCGCAAUACAUGAUGCCUAUCUUGGGUGGUGUAUCAAUUAUUUGCUUGGCAAAGAAUGACUCUGUUUGGGUCCAGCGUUUGUUUGGUGGUUUAGCUGUAAAUGAAGGCAUGGGCAUGUUUCAAUUGAGCUUUGAUUGGAAUUAUUUGUCUAAUCUAAGCCCGUUAGUUUUACCUCUCUGGGUACAGCUAAAUAUAUAUUUCGGUAUAUUGGUACUAUGGGUUUUGGCACCCUUGGUUUAUUACUAUGAUGUUUGGAACGCACAAAGUUUUCCGUUCUUAUCAAAUUCUAUCUUUCAAUUACUGCCAAACGGUACAUCUGUUAUCUAUCCCCAACAUAAAGUACUGAAUGCCGAUAAUUCACUAAACGAAACCGCAUUGACUGAAAUUGGUCGUCCUCAUUUUUCGAGUAUAUUUGCCAUACAAUAUAUCUUUAUUAAUUUUGCUGUCACUGCUUCAAUCACACAUAUUGCUUUAUUUCACGGGAAGGAAAUUUGUGCCAGUUUCAAAGCCAUUAUCAAGGACAUGCGUAGAAAAGAAGGUGAAUUAGCAGAGGAGCAUACGGAUCCACAUAUGCGCAUGAUGUCCUUUUAUAAAGAAGUACCCACAUGGUGGUAUUAUAUUGUGUAUUUUGGUGGCAUGGGACUCAACAUUGCAAUAGCGUAUAUUAACCACAGCCAACUUCCAUGGUGGGGUGUGAUCAUGGCCAUUGUUAUGUCAACUAUUUUAUCUUUGCCUCUCAAUAUGAUUACUGCAUUAACAGGAACUGGGUUCGGGUUAAAUGUGUUUGCUGAAAUGAUUUGUGGUUUUGUACUCCCUGGAUUACCAGUGGCAAAUAUGUACUUUAAAACGUUAGGCUAUAAUACAUUGAGUCAAGCUGGCACCAUGGCGAGUGAUUUGAAAAUCGGGCAUUAUUUAAAAGUACCCCCUCGUGCUAUAUUUAUUAAUCAAAUGUUGGGUACUUUGGUCGGAUGUAUUUUCAAUUAUAUUGUGAAUCACAGCGUAGUGAAUUCUCAACGAGAAAUUUUAUUAGAUCCCGUAGGCAGUAAUAUUUGGAACGGUGCAUCACCACAAACCAUCAAUUCUGCUGCAAUUACUUGGGGAGCAAUUGGACCAAUGAACAUGUUUGGCCCAGGCACAGAUUAUUACAUUAUUCUUUGGGCUUUCUUAAUUGGAUUUAUUUUACCUGUGCCUUUCUGGUAUCUCAGUCGACGCUUUCCAGUUGUAGGAUACAAAUAUGUAAAUACGCCCAUGAUUCUCAUUGGCAUGACCAUUGUGCCUGGCUCUGCUAGUAGUUGGAUCACAGUGUCAUUUAUCAUUGUUCUUAUUUCACAAUUCUAUAUCAAAAGACGUCAUACAGCCUGGUUUGUCAAGUACAAUUAUUUAAUCUCUACAGCACUGGAUUCUGGAACAUCUCUCAUGGUUUUUAUUAUUGCCAUGUCACUUUACGGAGGAGCUAGUGGUGUAUCUUAUCCGUUCCCAUCGUGGUGGGGUAAUCGAACAGAUCUUAAAUACAUUGACCAAUGCUGUGCCAACUGUGCCUCGUAAAACUAAUUAUCUAUGAAACCAAUUGGCUUCUUUUAAACAAUGUGCUUAAAAUAAAUGCUUAUUUCUCA